AGCGGCACAAUGUUUGUUUGCACGAGAAACAGAGCAGAAGCUCCCGAACACCAUCCCGAGCACCGAGAGCGAUGAUGAAGAAGUAUUUGGGAAACGUACAUUGGAAGUCAAAAUGUCCAACAAAAGAGGACGGGAUCUUCAACUGAAGAACUAAAAUAAAGGCGAAUGAUUAUUUGGAAACGCUGUGGGGAAAUUGACUGGUUUGCUGCUCGCUUCCCUUCAUCAUGGAUGACUUUAACUCAAUAGAGUGAAGAAAUCACCAGGACAGCUCCUUUGUUUAGUCUGUGGGCUUUUUGACGCGUAAUACUGAGAUUUCCAGUCAUGCCAUGACGCAUCAGACUCGUGCGUAAAAGCGCGGCUGUACGUGGACACAUCUCAAGAGCUCCGGCUACUUUCUUAUUGACAUCAUACACGAAUCGGAUGGUGUAACGGGUCUUCCUCGCUGUGAUAUCGAUCCGAAUUGAACAGAAAGCAUCGCGGAGUGACCAAAGACAAGAAGGAACAUAUUCUAGCCGUUUACAGGAUUUAUUGCUUUUGUAUUGCUCUUUGCGUUUUUCUUAAACCGGACCGGACCUCUAGGAGUGGAUAUUACAGCCUGACCAAUUAUUUCACUUUUCCCUACUUUUUAAGUGCCACUUUUUAGGGGGACGGGACGAACUUGGCCGCUUUCAUCUCCAUCAAUCCAGCUCUCCAGCCACCCCUGCCGUUUAUUAUCACGGAAGAUGAAAAGCUUGAUGUUCGGAGUGCUUUGUUUUGUGUCCUUCCUCAUCUCCAUCCGCUGCACACCGGCACCGGACACCGAAGCCCAGAGCAUCAGCCCGAGCUGCGCGUCCUGCGGGCUCAGCCAGACGGAUGGACCCACACGGGUGGACGUGGAGUUCCUGGAGGCGGUGAAGAGACACAUUCUGAGCCGGUUACAGAUGAGGGACAGACCCAACAUCACCCACCCCGUCCCGAAGGCGGCGAUGGUGACCGCGCUCAAGAAGCUCCACGCCGGGAAGGUGCGCGAGGACGGGAGGGUGGAGAUCCCGAACCUGGACGGACACGCCGCGUCCGUGAACGAGGUGGAGGAGGAGGCGUCGGAGAUCAUCAGCUUCGCCGAGACAGACGAGUCGCUGACCUCCAAGACCAGCCUGUUUUUCGUGAUCUCCAACGAGGGCAACCAGAACCUGCACGUGUCCCAGGCCAACCUGUGGUUGUACUUCAAACUUCUGCCUAAUAUUUUGGAGAAGGGAUCUCGGAGGAAGAUCACGGUCAAGGUUUACUCACAGGAACCGGGUGUCGGGAGCAAGUGGAACUUGGUGGAGAAACGUGUGGAUCUUAAACGCAGCGGCUGGCACACUUUUCCACUGACGGACGCCGUGCAGAUGGUUUUCUCCAAGGGCGAUCGCCGGCAGAACCUGGACGUUCGGUGCGAGGGGUGCGACAAGAUGGGCAUCGUGCCUAUUUUGGUGAACACGGCCGACGAGUCUCACCGCCCCUUCCUGGUCGUGCAAGCGCGAGCGGCGGACAACAAACACCGCAUCCGCAAACGAGGCCUGGAAUGUGACGGCAGUAGUAGCUUGUGUUGCCGCCAACAGUUUUACAUCGAUUUCCGCCUCAUCGGCUGGAACGAUUGGAUCAUCGCCCCGUCAGGGUACUUUGGGAAUUAUUGCGAAGGGAACUGUCCUGCGUACAUGGCCGGGGUUCCCGGAUCGGCUUCGUCUUUCCACACCGCCGUGGUGAACCAAUACCGCAUGCGGGGAAUGAGUCCAGGAUCCAUGAACUCCUGCUGCAUCCCGACCAAACUGAGCACCAUGUCCAUGCUGUACUUCGACGAUGAAUACAACAUCGUGAAACGGGACGUGCCCAACAUGAUCGUCGAGGAGUGCGGCUGCGCUUGAGAAAACACGGACCUGAAAAUAUUCCAAAAGCUACUAAAAAUAUCAUAGUAAGAAAGUAAUAUUUAUGACUUAAAGGGUUAGUUCACCCAAAAAUGAAAAUUCUGUCAUUAAUUCAUGUCGUUCCACACCCGUAAGACCUUCGUUCAUCUUCAGAACACAAAUGAAGAUAUUUUUGAUGAAAUCUGAGAGCUUUAUGUCCCUCCAUUGACACCUACUCAACGCAACUGAAACUUUGACGCUUCAAAAAGUUCAUAAAGAGAUUGGUAAAGACAAGAAUGAACCUCAUUGGUUCUUGAGAAGCUCAAACGCGAUGCGUAACACGAGAAUGAACCUCAUUGGUUCUUGCACGUCACAUGAACAUGCUUGAGCUUCCGUUUACCACAACUAAUAUGUCCGUUGUUUAAUGUUUAUAUGUGAAUAAAAGUCUAAAUUAAGUCUGUUCAUUAUAUAAAGCGAUCAAGUCUCUUCAGAAAAUUUGUACUACACUGCUCAAUUCAUAUGGAUUAGUUUUACGAUCUCUUUAUGAACUUUUUUUGAAGUGGUAGUUGUGUAGACUGUCAAUGGAGGGACAGAAAUCUCUCAGAUUUCAUCAAAAAUAUCUUCAUUUGUGUUUCGAAGUCUGUUACGGGUCUGGAACGACAUGAGGGUGAGUAAUUAAUGACAGAAUUGUCCUUUUUGGGUGAACUAACCCUUUAAGGUGCGGUCACAUUUCAGCUAAAUAUCAUGUGCAAAAAAAGGUCAAUCGUCCAUUUUCAAUAGCGUAGAGAUGAACAUGAGCGAAAUCUGUCUCCUAAGACAAGAUUUCGCCCGUGAAAUCUCGCAAAGCUACGAUAAAUGUGACCGCACCUUUAUCCAUGCUCACACAUCCACAUUCAAACACACACCCCAACUCUUCCAGCAUCUUUGUACAUAUAUUUAUGUUCUUUAACCAUCGAGUGAUUUAGUUUGUACGAUACUCUCAGCUUUCACAUCAGAGCGAUGGGAACGUCUUUUCCCCAGGUUUAGCUCUCUUGAAAAAAAUGGAACAAACUGAAAGACGGAGGAGAGGUGAUCUUAAAGACAUUUAUAUCCAUGUACCUGCCCAGAACUGAAUCAAAAAGCACUGACCAUCUUCUCAAAACAACGUCAGCACUUCCCACAAUGAGUACAUUGAGUGACAACCAAUCCAUCCGAGAGCAUCCAUCUUGAACUUCAACGAACAUCUGCAAAGAGCAAAACUUUUUGGGUUUCUCGACAGACAUGAGGUCCAUUCAUAAAUCAUGAGGCGUGUCUUGUAAUGUCUCGGGAGCCUGAUUACUCAUGCAACAAGCCGAAGAAACACGGAACAGCGUGUGGAGCAAACGGCACACGCUCUUCUAAAACACAAGCGAAUCGAGCGAUCUCAUGGUGCAGCAUAGCACUUGCAAAAAAUAUCGUAAAUGCACAAUAUUAAGCACUUGCCUUCGAAGGUACCAAGUGGUUCACAAUCUUCUGAAAUAAGUGCCGCACAAGCUAUGCAAUGUAUAGUAGUGACCUACACCAGAUGACCCACACUAGAUACUUGUUAUGAACUGUUUUCAAUACUUGAAAUGUAAACUUUCGCUUCCUUCUCCGAGCGGAUGGUUGUUACAAUGUUUGCACUGAAGUUGCAUUAUUAGUAAAGAAAAAAAACCUGCCAUUGAAAAAAAAAAGAAAAGUUAUUUUUAUAGAAGCAAAUGAAUGCUGUUCAAAUGUAUUAUACCGAAUUAUGGAACCAAAGAGGCCAAGACUUUAGCUAUUGUGAGAUGGCGAGGCCAUCGGAUUCUUUUGUAAAAUACUUUUUAAACGCGCAAGAGGCCUAAACGAUGUAUCAGGGUACAAUAGAACGGAUUCCAUUUUCAAGUUGUUUUUGUACAGUAGAUAAAUGGAAUAUUUCAUAUUUUUCCAUCAAUUUUAAUUGUCUUUUUUUUCCAGUUUUCUAUUUAAUACUUCUAGCAUCUAUUCCGGAAUCAUUUAGAGUCAAAUACAUGCCAUCUCUGUACAGCUUAUGUAAGAUAAAAAUGCUUUUAAAUAUUUUGUUCUUUGUAACUGUUAUGAAAUAAAUUUCUUAUUCUGCAUCAAGA